AUGAAUACUAUCAUUGUUGUUGUUUCCAAAUUGAAGGGUUGCAUACGACAAAUCGAAGAAUUGAAUCCAAGUGGAGCAUCAGAAGAAGAUAUUAUGAAUCGUGCUCAGAUGUUAUUAGUACAAGACCCUAAUUACUCAAAGGACUUCAAAUUUGGACAUGUGUGGAGCAUUCUUCAAGGUAUUGAGAAAUUCAACAGUGACAACGUCAAAGCUGCAUUUACAAGAGUGCAACGACAAACUGCUCAAGCUGAUUAUUCUCAAUCAUAUAAUCUCGAGAAAGAUGUUUAUUCACCUUCAUCUCCACAUGUCUCUUCAUUUAAUCUUAACAUCACUGAUUCAAACAGUGGUGGUACUUCAACUAAACGACCUAUUGGGGUGAAGAAAGCAAAACUGAAGAGAAAGAAUGAACAACAAUUCAGUAAAAUGGUUUCACAGAAUGACGACGAUCCGAGCUUGAGCCGAACUUGA